AUGCAGCCCCAAGAGGAGCUGAUUUCUCUGAGCCAGGUGUAUGCAGAGCCAAUGGGGGGCUGGCUGAGGAUACCUUUUGUAAGAAGGAGACACCGUCAUCACUACUACCAUCACCAAGACCACCAGCAGCACCAGCACCAGCACCAGCACCAGCAGCAGCAGCAGCAGCAGCAGCAGCAGCGGAGACGCGGAGACGCUUCAGCAGCAACAGCAGCAGCAGCAAAACCCCGCAGCUAUAACGAAAGAUGUAGAGAAGCAUAUGAAGCUAUAACAGCACAAGUGCUGCAGGAGGAGAUACAGAUAAGAGAAGGAGACAGGAGACAGCAGCAGCAGCAGCAGCAACACGGCGCACACAAGGAGCCCCUUGCUCUCCGUCUGUUGGCCCCCAAUGCACCCUGGAGGAGACAGCAGGGGAGACAGCAGCAGGAGACACUGCGCUGCUCUCCCCUGUCUCCUUUCUGCUGCAACCCUGUCUCUAGCCAGGCCCCCUCAUGGGAGGAGGAGACACUGUCUCCUUCUUUCUCUGGCUCCGAGUGGCAGCAGCAGCACUCAGUACACCCCUCACGCUUACCCCUCAGCAGAGGCAACAGCAACUGCAGCAGCAGCAGCAACAGCAGCAGAAUCAGCAGCCCCAGAAGCAACGCCAGCAGCAACAGCAACAGCAGCAGCAGAAGCGAACUCACACCAGAGGGGGCCCCCUCACUGCAGCAGACAAAAGAGCCCCGCGUCCCCGAGCAGACCCAAAGCUGGAUUCCUUUGCUGCGCCGCUACUGCUGCAGCUCUACAGCAGCAGCAGCAGCAGCAACUGAUAGUGCUGCUGCUGCUGCUGCUUCUGCUGCUGCUGCUGCGGAUGAAUCCCCUCUCCGCAGCAUCAGCAGCAACAAGCAGCAGUCUGAUGACCCCCUCCUCUCUGCUGGUAACUCUGGGAGCAGCGGGGGCCCCCAUCAACUCCAUCGAGGAGACAGCCAGCAGGAGGAGGGGGCCCCCGGGGGCCCCUCCCCCAGCUAUGUGAGGAGGCCCUCCUUCUUACCCCCUACCUCUUCUGAGAGGCUUGGAUCGGGAGAGGUGUGA